GCGCCUCCAGCCGCCGCGGGGUGGCGGAGUUGGGGGCAGGCGGGCCCCACCGACCCCGCGAGAUGGCCCCGCCCCGGAGCCUGGCAGAGGCCUCACCGUGGGGGGCGGAGUUGCCGGCGCUCCACCAGCCCCGGAGACUGUGGCCCCUUCUUAAGCCCGCGGAGCCUCUGGCCGCCUAACCUGCCUCUCCCGCUUCUCCCCCCAGCACGAUGGCCUCGGCACUGAGCUAUGUCUCCAAGUUCAAGUCCUUCCUGAUCUUGUUCGUCACCCCGAUACUGCUGCUGCCACUCAUCAUUCUGGUGCCCACCAAGUUUGCCAGGUGUGCCUACGUCAUCAUCGUCAUGGCCACUUACUGGUGCACAGAAGUCAUCCCUCUGGCUGUCACCGCCCUCUUGCCUGCCUUGCUUUUCCCACUCCUCAAGGUUCUGGACUCCAAGCAGGUGUGUGUCCAGUACAUGAAGGACACUAACAUGCUGUUCCUGGGAGGCCUCAUGGUGGCAGUGGCCGUGGAGCGCUGGAACCUGCACAAGAGAAUCGCCCUGCGCACACUCCUCUGGGUGGGGACCAAGCCUGCACAGCUGAUGCUGGGCUUCAUGGGCGCCACCGCCUUCCUCUCCAUGUGGAUCAGCAACACAGCCACCACAGCCAUGAUGGUGCCCAUAGUGGAGGCCGUGCUGCAGCAGAUGCAGGCCACGAGCACAGCCAGCGAGGCCGGCCUGGGCGCCCUGGAGCUGGUGGACAAGGGCAAGACCGGUGAGGUGCCAGGGAGCCAAGUGAUUUUUGAAGGCCCUGCUAUGGGGCCACAGGAGAAUUGUGACAGGAAGAGCAUGUGCAAGGCCAUGACACUGUGCGUGUGCUACGCGGCCAGCAUCGGAGGCACUGCCACCCUGACCGGGACAGGACCCAACGUGGUGCUCUUGGGCCAGAUGCACGAGCUGUUUCCUGAGAGCAAAGACACCGUGAACUUUGCCUCCUGGUUUGGAUUUGCCUUCCCCAACAUGCUGAUCAUGCUGCUGCUCGCCUGGUUUUGGCUCCAGUGUAUUUUUAUGGGAUUCAAUUUUAAAAAGGCUUGGGGCUGCAGUCUGGAGAAAAAGAGUAGCGAGAAAGCUGCCUACGAGGUGUUGCAGGAGGAGUACAGGAAGCUGGGACCCUUCUCCUUCGCCGAGGGCAACGUCCUGCUCUGUUUCCUCCUGCUGGUCACCCUGUGGUUCUCCCGGGACCCAGGCUUCAUGCCUGGCUGGAUGGCGGUCGCCUGGAUGGAGGGCGAGACAAAGUAUGUCACCGACGCCACCGUGGCCAUCUUCGUGGCCAUAUUGCUAUUCAUUGUGCCUUCGCAGAAGCCCAAGUUCAACUUCUGCAGCCAGACUGAGGAAGAAAGGAAGACUCCGUUUUAUCCGCCUGCACUGCUGGAUUGGAAGGUGACCCAGGAGAAAGUUCCCUGGGGCAUUGUGCUGCUGCUGGGGGGCGGAUUCGCUCUGGCUAAAGGAUGCGAGGCCUCGGGGCUGUCUGAAUGGAUGGGGAAGCAGAUGGAGCCCUUGCACGUUCUGCCCCCAGCAGCCAUCUCCUUGGUCUUGUCCUUGCUCAUUGCUGUAUUCACUGAGUGUACAAGCAACGUGGCCACCACCACCUUGUUCCUGCCCAUCUUUGCCUCCAUGUCACGUUCCAUUGGCCUCAACCCGCUGUACGUCAUGCUCCCCUGCACCCUGAGUGCGUCCUUUGCCUUCAUGUUGCCUGUGGCCACCCCACCUAACGCCAUCGUGUUUGCCUACGGACACCUCAAGGUUUCUGACAUGGUGAAAACAGGAAUAAUGAUGAACAUAAUUGGAGUCUUAUGUGUGUUUCUGGCGGUCAACACCUGGGGACGGGUCAUGUUUGACCUGGACAAUUUUCCUGACUGGGCUAAUGUGACUCAUAUUGAGACUUAGGAAGAGCCUCAAGAGCAUAACACAGCCCCGCCUUCCUGAGGACUCCCGAAGCUUCCGGCACACCGUACAGCAGAGCUUUGGGGUUGACACCCCAAAGUGACCUGAUGAUGCCCUCACCCCACAGAGACCCCAGUCCCAGCUGAGGACAGGUGGCGGAGAGCCGGUUUGGAAAUUAAGGGAGCGUCCCAAGACCCAGAUGGCUUCCAUCUUUCCGGGGUCAUGCCUCGAACUCUGGGACAGGCCGCCUACAUGCUGGGUUCUGGUGUCCACUUGCUUAGUCUCAGGGUCAUCUACAUGGGGAUCAGAUCCCAGCUUGGGAGGUGAAAAACGGCCUUCCAGAGCCUGCACCUCCUGCUGCUGACCUUGGCUGCCUCCGAUCACUCCCAUCACUUGGAAGGGACAACCCAGCCCAGGGACAGAACGUCUGGUCCUGGGAAGCUUCCAGCUGCUGGAGUGCGAGUGGGACUCAGAGCUCCUGGAACCACCAGGAGGAUAAUGCCAACACCCAAGGAUGA